ACAAAAUGGCGUCGCCGUGAGCUUAACUGAGCGGGAGUUUUGUGUUUACUUUCUUAUAUGGCGAGUAAGCGACGGAAGGCUGCGGCAGAAGCAGCAGCGGAGGAGCUUCGCCUCAGGAGCCCGGCCAGGAGGAGCAGUAGAAGCAGAAGCAGCAGGAGGAAGGCUGCCCCCGAAGAGAGCACCCGGGAAGCAGAGGGAGAGGAGGCGGCGGCGGCGGCUGGGGUGCCCCCUCCAGCCUCCCCUGGGCUCCCUCCAGAAACUUGCUCCUAUAAGACUCCAAAGAGAACACAAGCAAACAAGUCACGUUUGCCAACAUUCAGUUCUCCUGCAAAUGAAGGCGACAUACAGCAAGAAAUUUUCUGGGAUCCUCAGUCACCAAUUGUACAUAAGCUAGACAGCGAACAAAGGAGGCAAACAGUUAAUAGACAUACAGUUGAAAUCUCAGAAAUUGUUAAUCGGAUUGCUCCUCAGGAUGAAAAGCCCACCUGUUGUGAAGGAAAUCUUCUUGGGUUUUGGAUUGGUGAUGAUGCAAUUCCUUGUACUCCUGCAAUUACAAAAGUACGAUCAAGAACAAAAGUAAAUGGUGCCAGAGGUCAUCAGUUGAAACACAGAGAAGAAGAGCUUCUGAAACUGGCGAAACAGUUUGAUAAAAACCUGACAGAUGCAAUCCAAGAUCAAGAUGCUUCAUGCCACAAUAUUACCCAUAUUACACUAGAAACAGGGAGGUCCACUGAACAUGAAGAUGAGACUGGGGAGGAAAAAAAGCAUCAGUCCCUUGAAGAAUAUCCUAAAGUUAACACUACUUUGCCUUUUGUAGCUGUUGAUGUCAGUACCAAGGCUCUUGAGCCCUGUGAAGACAGUAGACAGGAGCCCCUAGAUCUUGAUGCUGAAAUAGCACUUCACGAACUGUUUGAUUGCUCCACCCAAAAAUGUAGCGGUCGGCUGAGCCAAGGUUUGUCAGAUUGUUCCUCAAACUCUAGUAUCCAUGAAAACCAGAGCACGCUGCUGGAGGAUGCACUUGCUGUGGAUAAUAUCACCGCUGCUAAUAAAUGUGAGAUUGGAGAAGCACCUGUGAGGGAAGACUCAGCAGCGCCUGUGAUAGAGUGCAUGGCACCUGCCCCCACACAAAAAGCAAAAGAGGUUUCUGAACAAACAGCCCCAAAAAUAGGCUCCUGUAAGAUUGGAUCAGUUGUCUCCAGUAAAGUGGAUCAAGUCGUCAAUGAAGAUUUUGAUGACUGGGGAGAUGAUUCCUUUCUAAUGCAAAUUACUCAUAACCCUGAGCUGAUAAGUACUCCUGAAAAUGCUUUGCCUCUGGCUUCUGAUAAAAAUGGUGAACGAAAAGAGAAAACUGUAAUUUCUGAUCAUGGUGCACUAUUUAAUUCAUUUAAGAACGAUCCCACAUCAUCUGCUUUACAGAAACAAAGCAUUGCCACAGGAAAUACAAUGACAAUCCUUCCACAUAAUAAUAUCACUAUAAAAGCUGAGAAGAUAAAGUCAAUUUCAGUAAGUGGACAUCCCAAAAUUUCUUGCUCUAAUCCUAUUCCAGUGAAACCAGAAGACAAGAGCAGACAGGAGGGCUUUACUCAACUCAAAUGUCCUGCCAGUAAUCAUUUUCCUGAAAAAAGAGCUGCUGCUCUUCCCAAUCAUUCUGAUCUCCCUAAACCACAGAUGGGAAAAUAUGGAAGCAGCAUGUCCAAUAUGGGCCUUUGGAGAGAAUUACCCAAGAACAAUGUGCUUUCAUUUGAUGACUGGAAUGAGCCCAAGUUCUCAAAAGAUGUUUUAGACUUGUGUUCUGAAUCAGAUAGUCUGUGGGGCACAAGAGGUGAAGAAGAUGAUGACUUGCUUUAUCAAGUCUGUGAUGAUGUAGAAAAAAACACUGUGAGCCAUGAUGUGGUGAAAGAGAACGAAAAAUCCAAGUCAACGUUAGGAUGUCCUUCCAAAUUGGAGGUGGGUCCGUGCCUCGCAGUAGCAAAUCAGGGGAUUUCUAAUUGCCCACAAACUCGAAAAAGCCAUGUGGGGAGAAGAACUUUCUCAUUGGAUGCCCCUGUAACACUUGCAGCUCUGCUGAAGAGUGACACUUCCACAGAUCCUGCACAGCAUAACUGGAGACCCUUUAAAACUGAGAGCAUAAGCCAUAUUCCAGAAAAAUGGUGCAGAUCUCAUUCAGUGCCUGGAGGAGACUUUGGUUCUGGAUCAGCCUCAGCCCCUCUUUCAGGUGAUUGUCUAAAUGACAGUCAUGUACAAUGGCAGAAUGGUCUUCGUAACAUGGGGAAGGUGCCAAAUAAGAGCAGUAUUAAUCAGUUGCCAACGGAAAAGUCAAAAUAUGUAUUUAAGAAGACUAAUCAUGUUCAAGCCCUUGUUUUGGACAAUAAAAGUGUAAACAUAGGCAACCAUUCUGGAAUUGUUCUGGGGUUGGGGGAAAACAAGAAUGGACCAAACAUCCCAUUUCAGACAGCAAUACAGACAAACACGAAGCCACCUUUCAAGAGGCACCUCUCAGAUUGCUUUGCACAGUAUGAAACAGAACAGAAAGGUAGAAAGUGUUCUCAAGAAGAAAUUGCAAGGAAAAAGCAAGAGGCCCUUGAGCGGAGAAAAUGCAAAAUGCAAGCCUUGCUCAAAAAUACAGCACCUACCUGAAGGGAGUUCAAUAAAUUGGUUGAAGAAGAAUUGACAGCCGAAGAAUUAUUAAGAUCUUUAAACAAGCUUUAUUGCUUGGCUAAUUUAUUCACCUUGCUCUGUCUUGAUUCUUUAAGAUACUGUGACUGUCUCAUAUUUAAGGAAUUGCUUGGGACUGUUUUUACUUUUUAAAACAGCAUUGCUUGCAGCUGUGAGAUUUUCCAGGUUGUCAUUUAAAAGUCCAGCAUCUGAACUACUGUUUAUGAGAUCUUUCCCACUUCCUAUGGGUUUCAGUUCCUUUAAGUAAACAGUACAGUUGGCAUCAAGUCUACAAUGUCAGAGUUAAUACUGUGCCAGGUUUAAUUCUUAUUGUGUGGGAAGCCGAACAUCAAGAGAUAUUUUAGUUUAAUGACAGAGUUAUCAUGUGACUCUCCCAAGACAAAGUGGGCCUCAUAAUUUGUACCCUACAUACCAGUUUGUAGAUUGUUAACAAUUUGGCAAAUACAAAACUACAGUGUUAAAUCAAGGCAAACAAGCACUUUCCAACUUGGGACCAUUUUUAAUUUUGUGUUACCAGGGCUAUACAAAAAAGGUCUGAGCUUGUACACUCUGUAUAGUAAAACAUGUAGCAUGUUGCAGGAUUUAUUUAUCUUUGUAAAUUAUUUUUACUUUGUAAAUUGUGAUUAAAAUUACAACUCUUUCUAUAACAAUUAGUUUUUUCCUAGUCUGCAGUAGAAAAUGAGAUCAAAUGGAUCCUUGCCUGUUUUCACAUGUCCAAGAAGUGGUGUUUUCUGGUAUAGAAAAUUUCAUCAGUUGGACACAAAAUUUGCAUGACAAGGUGUUUCAAUACAGCAGUGUGUCACAUGGACAGUUCCUUCAGAUUUCUGUACAGUAAAGCAUAUGAAUGUCAGGUACCUUUCUCAGAAAGGUGGCUAUUUAAUGACUAUUAUGUGAAAAUGUUUAAUCUCUUUGCAUCUGAAUGGAUGGAGUUGGGUCUGUAGAGCAGUGAAAAGAGCAUCCCACAGGAAUUUACAGAGUUGACUCAUGGACUACUGACGCCUAGCUCUGUUGUAAAGGCCUCAUUAAACACCUGAUAUUCUUUAAAUCUGAUAUGGAAGGACCAAGUAUAAUUUUAA